AUGGAUGUUAAAGAAAGAUUCAAUCUUUAUAAAUUAAGGAUAAUAAGGACAAUAGGAAAAGGCACAUACGGAAAUGUAUACUUAUGUGAAAAAAGAGAUACAAAAAAGUCAUUUACAAUAGUGAAAGAUAUAGAACUUAAUAUGAAAAUUCAAAAUCAUAAUCAGGAAAUUGCGAAUGAAGUUAAAAUAUUAUCAACAAUGAAUCACCCGAAUAUUAUAAAAUUUUUUGAUUGUUAUUAUCAAGAAAGAAAUAUAAUGAUUUGCAUGGAAUACGCAACCAGGGGAAAUUUAGCGGAAUAUAUGUACGAACGAUGCCCAAAAUUAAUUAAACAGGCGGAAAUCUUGUUCUAUUUUAGUCAAGUCCUACUAGGGGUGCACUAUAUACACCAACUGAAUAUUAUUCACAGAGAUUUAAAAGCAGAAAAUAUACUGUUAACGGGAAAACACGGUACAAUAGUAAAAAUUGGAGAUUUUGGUAUUUCAAAGAUGUUGGCCAGCGCGAAGAAAACAUCAACGGUAAUUGGUACUCCUUAUUAUCUCGCGCCUGAGCUUUGCGAGGGAAAACCUUACGACACUAAAAGCGAUGUGUGGGCUCUGGGUUGUUUAUUAUAUGAAAUGUGCACUCAUAAGCGAGCAUUUGAUUCCGAGACACUCGUUGGAUUAGUGAAAGUCAUAACUAGUGGCAGCGUGCAUCCUAUUGACAUGACUGUGUAUGACAGGGGUCUCCAAGACCUCAUAGACUCUAUGCUAUCGAUUGUGCCGGAGAAACGACCUGUGAUAAAGGAGCUGAUGGGACGUGCCAUUCUACUCCCCACAAUCUAUACCGUGUAUUUAGAUGCGGGGAACGAUGAACUGUUAUAUUUGAAAGCCAGUAAGAUAUUUGAAUUUAUG